UCGUCCCCAUUGCCGCCGUUUCUGACUUUCUUCCAAGGCAUGCGCACCUCCUACCGGCUACCGCUUACUCUCUCGCAGUAUAAAUAGGCCGGGCGCUCCCGCUCCCGUCGGAUGAGGAGUUCUUGUUCUUAGGCUGAAAGAAGAAGAAGAAAAAUGGCGGCUCAGAAGAGGGUUCUGCUAUUAUGCGGAGACUAUGCGGAAGACUACGAGGUGAUGGUGCCAUUCCAAGCGCUGCAAGCGUAUGGAAUAGCUGUUGAUGCAGUUUGUCCUGGAAAGAAAGCCGGCGAGAUAUGCCGCACCGCCGUUCAAGAGAUUACUGUCCAUCAGACAUAUUGUGAAUGGAGAGGUCAUAACUUCACGCUUAAUGCGACAUUCGAUGAGAUUAAUGUGAGCAAAUAUGAUGCAGUAGUAAUCCCUGGAGGCCGUGCACCAGAGUACCUUGCGAUGAAUGAGUCGGUUUGGAAUGUUGUAUCGAUGUUUUCAGACUCUGGAAAAGUAAUUGCAUCGAUUUGCCAUGGACAGCUGAUUUUGGCAGCUGCAGGAUUGGUGAAAGGUCGCAAAUGCACAGCUUAUCCCACCCUAAAGCCAGCUCUUAUUGCUGCGGGCUGUCACUGGGUUGAAGCAGAGACGUUGGCGAAAUGUGUUGCUGAUGGUAAUCUUGUAACAGGAACCACAUAUCGAGGACAUCCUGAAUAUAUCAGCCUGUUGGUCAAAGCACUUGGAGGGACUGUGACAGGCUCGGAUAAAAAGAUUUUGUUCCUUUGUGGGGAUUACAUGGAGGAUUAUGAGAUAAAGGUUCCAUUUCAAUCUCUCCAAGCUCUUGGUUGCAUGGUUGAUGCAGUCUGCCCUAAUAAAGGUGCAGGCGAAAAGUGUCCAACAGCCAUCCAUGACUUUGAGGGUGACCAGACUUACAGUGAAAAGCCAGGCCAUAAUUUCACUCUUACAGCAUCUUUUGAAGGUUUGGAUGCUUCAUGCUAUGAUGCACUGGUGAUACCUGGAGGGCGUUCCCCAGAGUACCUUGCAUUAAACGAUAAAGUCAUUGCUUUGGUGAAGGAGUUCAUGGCUAAGGGAAAGCCAGUUGCAUCCAUUUGCCAUGGACAGCAGAUCUUAUCUGCUGCUGGAGUUCUUAAGGGGAGGAAAUGCACAGCAUACCCUGCUGUGAAGCUUGAUGUGGUGCUGGCAGGAGCAACAUGGUUGGAGCCCAAACCCAUAGAUCGUUGCUUCACCGAUGGCAAUUUAGUGACAGGUGCAGCUUGGCCUGGGCACCCGGAAUUCAUAUCUCAGCUUAUGGCUUUGCUUGGUAUCAAGGUCACAUUCUAAUUCGUGCGUCAGUGUCAGUCGAUGUUAGUGUACGUCUCUGUACACAAAGACUGAGGUCCUGUACUUUUGAGCGAUUCCUAAAAUUGUUGUCCAUCUUUACGUCUACAAUACUCUACAUACAGCUGGUUAUCUUGCUUGUGUUUUCAAGGAGUUCAGAAUCUAAUUCUAUUCUGUUACAAGUAUCAGUUGCCUC